GGCCAAGAGAAACGACCCUGCUCCGAGUUGCCGGUGAGCGCGGUGCUCCGCAGGCCCGGAAGAAGGCGCUCGGCGUUUAUUCGCCUGUUACGAGUUUUCGGGGUAGUGAAAAAAUAUACGAGCUGGGACAUGGAUAGUCGCUUGCAGGAGAUCCGGGAGCGACAGAAGUUACGGCGACAACUCCUGGCUCAGCAGUUGGGAGCUGAAAGUGCAGACAGCAUUGGUGCUGUGUUAAAUAGCAAAGAUGAACAGAGAGAAAUUGCUGAAACACGAGAAACUUGCAGGGCUUCCUAUGAUACCUCUGCUCCAAAUGCAAAACGUAAGUGUUUGGAUGAAGGAGAGACAGAUGAGGACAAAGUGGAAGAAUAUUCAAAGGAUGAACUAGAAAUGCAGCAGGAAGAGGAAAAUUUGCCAUAUGAAGAAGAAAUUUACAAAGAUUCUAGUACUUUUCUUAAGGGAACACAGAGCUUAAAUCCCCAUAAUGACUACUGCCAGCACUUUGUAGAUACUGGACAUAGACCUCAGAAUUUCAUCAGGGAUGUAGGUUUAGCUGACAGAUUUGAAGAAUAUCCCAAACUAAGGGAACUCAUCAGGCUAAAAGAUGAGUUAAUAGCUAAGUCUAAUACCCCUCCGAUGUAUUUACAAGCAGACAUAGAAGCCUUUGAUAUUCGAGAAUUAACACCCAAAUUUGAUGUGAUACUUCUGGAACCUCCUUUAGAAGAAUAUUACAGGGAGACUGGCAUCACAGCUAAUGAAAAGUGCUGGACUUGGGAUGAUAUUAUGAAAUUAGAGAUAGAUGAGAUUGCAGCACCUCGAUCAUUUAUAUUUCUCUGGUGUGGUUCUGGGGAAGGAUUGGACCUUGGAAGAGUGUGUUUACGUAAGUGGGGUUACAGAAGAUGUGAAGAUAUUUGUUGGAUUAAAACCAACAAAAAUAAUCCUGGAAAGACUAAGACUCUAGAUCCAAAGGCUGUUUUCCAAAGAACGAAGGAGCACUGCCUUAUGGGGAUCAAAGGAACUGUGAAGAGAAGCACAGAUGGGGACUUCAUCCAUGCUAAUGUCGACAUCGACUUAAUUAUUACAGAAGAACCCGAAAUUGGCAAUAUAGAGAAGCCUGUAGAGAUUUUUCAUAUAAUUGAGCAUUUCUGUCUUGGCAGAAGACGUCUUCAUCUGUUUGGGAGAGAUAGUACAAUUCGGCCAGGCUGGCUUACCGUUGGACCAACACUUACAAAUAGCAACUACAAUGCGGAAACAUAUGCAUCCUAUUUCAGUGCCCCUAAUUCCUACUUGACUGGGUGUACAGAAGAAAUAGAGAGACUGCGACCAAAGUCCCCUCCUCCCAAAUCAAAGUCUGAUCGGGGUGGUGGUGCUCCCAGAGGCGGAGGGAGAGGAGGGACUUCUGCUGGCCGGGGUCGAGAAAGAAAUCGGUCCAACUUCCGAGGAGAAAGAGGAGGUUUUAGGGGUGGCCGAGGAGGAGCACACAGAGGUGGCUUUCCCCCUCGAUAAAUUGUAAAGACUGGUCUCUAGUAAUGUUCCUCUCAACUUCCUCAUGAGGUGCUUACUUUCACUCUCAGUUCCAACUUGCUUUAGCUUUUCUGUGCAGCCAGGAAUAUUUCAGCAAGCUCCCUUGCAGUUGACACGCACACGGUCCAAUUCUGUACGACAGAACUGGAUGGUCCUUAGGCUGAGUCUGCCUUGGGUGUGUAACUGAAUGAGAUGCAGCAACACAAGUAGCUUCAGAGACUGAAGUUAUCUUGAUCUCAGUGAAGGUGUUUACUUUUUAGAAAGAGUGAAAAGUGCCAAAGAUCUUUCUGAGGUGUCGUGCAAACUCACACAGGCAGGAGUCAUAACGUGUGCUGUCCCCACACAUGGAAACUGGAAGCCUCGGCUGAAUGGAGUUGGGCCCAACGGGAAGCUUUUGUCGGGUUUUAAACUGUCUUUAUUGAAACAAUAAAAAGAAGCACACUUCUUUUUUCUCCCUUUCAUGAAAAUUUUAGUAAGUACAAAUGUGAUUUGAGAACCAAAGACAUUGACAGGACGAAAUCCCCUUCCAGCUGUGAAUGUGAGGCGGAGCUCCCACUAGCAGUGAAGGGAGAAGUACGAUUUUGUAGGCAGACUUUGGAAUGAAAGCUUGUUCUCAUGCCCUCACUGGUGUAGCUGCAGAUGUCCUACCCAUCCUUUGCAGGCAAGGGGACAGAUGUCAUAGUAAGACUGCUGUGGACUUGAACUUGGAGGAGAGCAGGCCAGUCCUCUCAUUUUCUCAAAAGUAAGAUGCAGCAAUAGGUAUCUGAAUAUCAGGUGUUUGGUUUAAACAUUUUGGGGAAUAUUGGGUAAUGAGGUCAUGACAUAAAUCUUUUAACAUGUUACUAAAAAAUUCAUGUACCUUGGCAUCUCUGGUUUAUGCCUGUAAUCCUAGCUACUCAGGAGGCUGAGAUCUGAGGA